AUGAAGAGAUGUUUCCUUCAUUUAUUUAAAUCUAUAGUGAUAAUUUUUGCAAAGAAUAUGCCUCCUAGAAAAAGGCAACAAUCAAGAGAUGGCAGGCCAUCAAGCAGGAAAACAACAAAAAGCUCAUCUACCAAAAGCAAGUUUAGACGAAAGCUCCCUAGCACAUCGACAAUACUAAUACUAGCCGUAAUUUUCUUGUGUUCUGUUGGUGUUGGUUACUUAUGGUGGAACCAUUAUUUACAAAGUCGGUUGUAUACACCAAUUGCAGCUCGACGGAUGACUUCUAGAUCUGAGCUUGGGGACAUGGGUGAUAUUCGAAGGUUGGUAUUGGAAAGAUUGGUUUAACUCAAAAUUGAUCCUGUGUUAUAGCUUUGAAUGCGGUGUAAUAAUACAAUAUUGGAACAACUUGUGUUACCGACUGACAGUCUGGUCCACAUUCAAUUUGCCACACAAAAGAUCAAAUUGAAUAUGGAAAAGAGAUACAGACAGAUAGCCACAUUAAUCCAGUGAUUUACCUCCCCGACCCGCUUGACAAGUAAAAUCGUCUGGCAUUAGACAGAUCUAGAGUAAAAUAAUAAAGCAUAGUGAGACAUAUGGGCAGAUUAACCCAUUGAGCGCUAACCAGCGCUCUCCUGUUGACAAGUAUUAAUUAAUAUGCAAAUUGAGUUGCACUUCAAAGGUGUCAAUUUAGCUUUGGGACCUUGCACUAGGCCACAAGAAUGCCUUUUAAUUAAUAGACACAACAUUCUAACCAGAGUCAGGAAAUUCUCUAAUAGGAGACCUUUUAACUCGGGGUGAAAUGUCACUGCAGGGUAACUGAAUUUCCCAUUUCCUGAUUCAUGUGCAAAAUGUGUUGAAAUUUUGAGAAUUGUCCCCUUUGGUGUGAUAAUGAAUGUUAUAUAUUGGAGUAGAUGGGUGAUCCAAGUGACAAUAUUAUUUACACUUUUUAUGGGCGGAUGGCUGUAGCAGCUCCCAGCUGUGUGUGAGAAAUACACAUUUUUUGUAAAAAAUGCAACACUAGAUCUCGAACCUUCGGCUGUGCGAUUCAUGUGGAUAUACAUGUACUCCAAUACUCAGUUUGACCCAAGUGAAGUGCAGAAAAAAUCUUUCAUGUUCAUUUCCUUUUAGGUUUUGGGGUUCAUACCGCUCAAACCUGUACUUUGGCCUUCGGACACGCAGCCCACAAUCGCUAAUGCUUGGCCUGAUGUGGUUUUCAGGCCAGUCUCAUGAUGGCAAUAUUCAUAUAAGACAUACAUGCGAGCAAAGUGAUAAAUUACCAAGGUAUGGCUGGAUAAGGCAUGAUGGAGUCAAUUUUGGAAUGGAAGAGAUUCUUGAUCAUGGCUACAUGUUGAGCACAGAUUUUGUCAAGAGAAGUGGUGGUGAUCAUGGUGGAGACUGGACUACAAGGAUCACUGGCCAAGCAGUUGAAAGUAUGGGAAAACAUGUGAGUUUUUUAAGAACUUAACCUGUUAAUAAUUAAAUCAGAUAAAAUGAGGUGCCUGUGGUUUACUUAAUGAGUUAGCAAAAAAAAGUUGGUAGGUAUUUCAGUUAACCCAUCACUCUAUGUUUGAUGAGUAAAAUGAUAUGCCUGAUGAGUAAAAUUAUUGCAGUGUCUGCGGUUAUUCCUCCGACACUAGACUACCUGUGGUUCCGGUUUCAUAUCGUGAAAAAAUUAGGGUCGAUAGGUCGGAAAUUUUUUUUUUAUUAUUAUUUUUUUCAUGGUUUUGGCAGUUUUUUGCUGGACGAUUUGCAGUAGAGUCCCAACAUCAGUAUUAACUAGAGAUGCGUAUUUCCUAUGGACGAAUUUAGGCAAUUUGGUUCAAUAAUUAGUGUGACAACAGACGCCAUUUUGGAACGCUGUAUGAGCAGCCUGCAACCACCCGGAGAAAAUAGGGUUGCAUGGUCAAUCGCAUUGAAAAAAUAAUAGGCAUAAAAAAUAGGGUCAUCGGGAUUCCGGUACCACAGGUAUUUUUUUUAGGCCUUACAUUCCUAUCAAUGUGCAGCUUUCUUAUAUUUGCAGACUGAGCAAUUUCCUUCAAGAUUUUAUUUUGACAUUUUUUUAAUAUUUUGUACUUAGAAUCAACGAGUAUCUGUGAUGUUUUACAUCAUGAAAGAUGGGCUUGGAACAUUGAAACCAGAUAUGAAAAAAGGAAUUCUUUCUUCUGUCUCAGGCAAUACUCCCGAAUUGGGCAGUUUUAAAAUCUCUUUCGUUGAUGGCGAAAAGAACCUACUCUCCACAUAUCUAAGCACAUACUUGGAUAAAGUUCACAAUGCCAAGGAUGUUGUCAUGGAAAAUUUGCGGCAUUUUAAUGUAGGAAAUAAGGGAAAGAUGCAGUUACUUGGUUUACCUGGCAGAAAAAUGGUUGGCGAAAAUAGUGAAGAAAAUUUUGUCGUAUUUAGUGGGGUAUUUGAACUACCUUUUACGGUUGAGAUUGCUUUUGAAUCCAGCAGCGUCAAGGAUAGAAUAAACCAGCUUACAGGUUCAGUCUUCCAAGAGAAUCUCAUGAAAUAUAGCGACUACUUUGAAAAGAAAUUUGAACAAAAGUUCCAGCUUCGGAAGAAGGGAUACAGUACAGAUGAGAUCCUGUUUGCGCAAGCAACACUUGGCAAUGCAAUCGGUGGCAUUGGAUACUUUCAUGGCUCUUCAUUGGUCAUCUCCGACCUCAUUAAGGAGCCAGUAGAUUACUGGGAGAGUUCUUUGUACACUGGAGUCCCUUCCAGAUCAUUUUUCCCCAGAGGAUUUCUGUGGGAUGAGGGUUUCCACCAGCUGCUGAUCAGUCAAUGGGAUAGUACCCUCAGCACAGAUGUAAUUGGAUAUUGGCUUGAUUUGAUGAAUAUUGAAGGUAUUAUUGUAUUACUAGGCCUAUGUAUUACUACAGGGGUGGAUUUAUAGUAGGGGUGUGCACCCCUGUUGACAUUUCUAGGGUUCUAAUUUUCAAAAUUUUCUGGGGGCAUACCCCUGGACCCCCUAGGGAGCUUGUGUGCUUCGACUCACCUUGCCUUCACCUUCGGUGCUGGAGUCGUUAGGAAGCCAAUUCGAUCAUUUGAAUGUUCUCCCACCACCCCUUAAAGAAUUAUAAAGAAACACUUGACUGCUUGCCCAGCACCCCCCUAGAAAAACCUUGCUGUAUCCACCCCUGUAUUACUUAUAUUUCUUAUCACAAUAUGUUAUUGCCACCCAGCACUCACACACAAGCUGACUCUUUCGCCCAUCAUUUGUAUAUUAAUGUUUGCAAUCUGAUCGAUUUAUUCUUAUUUUUAGUAUUAUUUACAUCUUGUUGUACAAUGGCAUGCCUUAAUUAAAGGCCAUGUCACACGAGGCAAAUUUUGCUGCAAUUUCAAACAUAGAAAAGUGUUGUGUAAAAAGCAGUCGCAAGGAAAUUAUAACUUGUAAGAAUGGCCCACUGUUCACAUUCCUUAGCACACUUCAGUCUUCAACAGAGCAUUGCAAACGAGCUCUCAUGUAAUUUGUAUUGGGUUAUAGGUUGGAUCCCACGUGAGCAGAUCCUAGGUGACGAAGCCCGUACGAAGGUCCCGGCAGAAUUUGUAGUCCAACACAACAAGAAGGCAAACCCUCCCGCAUUAUUCUUACCUAUCAAAGCAAUGCAUCAGAAAGGUCUUUUGGAUGGCGACUACAUACGCAAGCUCUUCCCUCGUCUUCGAGCUUGGUACAAUUGGCUUAACACGACACAAGUUGGAAAGGCACCAUCUACGUACCGAUGGCGAGGACGGGAUGGGACAACGGACAGUGAAUUGAACCCUAAAACACUCACAUCCGGACUAGAUGACUACCCUAGGGCCUCCCACCCCUCGGACAACGAACGCCAUCUCGAUCUACGCUGUUGGAUGGCUUUUAUAUCCGGAGUCAUGGCAGACAUUACCGAAUCAAUUGGUAAACGUUCUAAACGGUACAAGGAAACUUAUGAGUAUUUAAAAGACGAAUCAGUUCUUACUGCCUACCAUUGGUCGGAGGAAACCAAAAGCUUUACCGACUAUGGAAAUCACACUAAAUACGUCACUCUACGUCAGGUCGCUACGAAACCGGGUAUGCCGAAGAGGGUUGCCCGUGCGGUGUACAAAACGGGUCCCCAAGAAAAGCUUGUUGGUAACAUUGGAUAUGUAAGUCUGUUUCCAUUCCUCCUACAACUACUUCAUCCGAACUCCAGUAAGUUAGGUGAUACAUUGGAACACAUUAGGAAUCGUAGUGAACUUUGGAGUGACUAUGGGAUACGGUCGCUGUCCAAAUCUGAUCCAAUGUACGAUAAACACAACACGAAACACGAUGCGCCAUAUUGGCGCGGAGCUAUCUGGAUUAAUCUUAACUUUCUUGCAGUCCGUUCCUUGCAUUACUACUCCCAAAUUGAAGGCCCCCACAAGGAAUCAUGCUCGCAGUUGUACGAAGAUCUACGCAAGAAUAUAAUCAAGAAUAUAUUUGAGAACUACCGUAGGACAGGAUAUGUUUGGGAGAACUAUGACGACAAAACCGGAAAGGGGAAAGGAUGUCAUCCAUUCACUGGCUGGUCUUCAUUAGUUGUUUUAAUGAUGGGUGAAAUGUACUAG